AUGACAUCCUCGUCGUUGCAGGCUCGGCCGCGAGAUGACAAGCAGUCCCGCCGUAUGAUGUCGUACCGAGAGCAAAAGAAGAAGGAGAUGUCGGGUCUAGAAGGCACCAUCCGCCAGUUGGAACACAUCCCGUCUGUCCUACACAAGUCCGUCCCCACACGGCUAGCCCGGAGUCUGCUUCUCCUGCUGUGGCAUGAAGUGGCGAGGUCUCUGGCAGACCUUCGUAUGCUGUCCGAGUCUCAGAACCAAGCGCUGAAGGCCCAACUCGUCGAGCAUGAAGCGCUGCCUUCCCUAGACCACAAUCGCACCUCGUGGAGGCACGCGUCGCUGCUGAACGACCCGGCCACCCGAAAACUCGGCAAGGAGUGGAUCACAGAGCACAUGUUCCACAACACCGACGCCAUCUUUCAUCAGUACGGCUUCCCGCCUCGGGAAUCGUUCGAGCACCUUCUACACGACUUCAACUUUACCUUCGACGAUAACGGGUAUUGC